AAAUCAAUUCUCCGCUUUAUUUGGAAAAUGGCAGCAGGUUUUUCUAUCGGUCCCUUGUCUGUCAAUGGUUUGACAAAUCCGCAAGCAAUAGUGCUUUUCGUCUCAUGCACUUUUGGGGGUUUGUUCAUUUGGUUCGUGUGCUGCAGAAGAAGAAGAAACCGGGACCGGGAGUGUCAGCAACUUCAGCAACGGCAGCAACCGAUGGAUGGGAUUGUCCGCGUAGUGGAGAUGAGUAUUCGCACCGGAAAUUCUGAAAGAGAGGCUUCUGCUGGACCCCAGACAGCAAGGCUUCCGAUGAUGCAUAAGCCCGCGGACUACCCUCGGCCGAGGAAUAUGGUACAAUCCAGGGGUACUUAGAUCGGAAGAUACAAGAAACAGUUGACUCGAUUUUUGGGUGGUGAUCCACAGCUAUAGUUUUCUGUUUUCUUUCAGCUAUAAUUUUUUGUUUCUUAUAAAUUUUCUGCUGUUUA